GUCUGCGCAGUGAGAACAAAUCAUGUCAACGGAGCUUAGUAUGAAAAAUUAACUGCACGAGCAGCAAUAACCCGUCGAUUAAAAACCUCAGCGCCCCUAUGUACCGCUAAAACGUGGCAAUGAGAGCCGUUUUAACAUGGAAAGAAACUGUCCGUGACCAGUGUGUUUAUGACCUUGCUUUCAAACCAGAUGGCACUCAACUCAUUGUUGCGGCAGGACUUCGUGUUCUCGUUUUUGACACCAUAGAUGGAACUAUUCAGCAGCCUCUGAAGGGACACAAAGACAUAGUUUAUUGUGUGGCAUAUGCCAAAGAUGGUAAACGGUUUGCCUCAGGAUCAGCAGAUAAAAGCAUCAUCAUUUGGACAUCCAAACUUGAGGGUAUUUUAAAAUACACUCACAAUGACUCUAUCCAGUGCCUUGCAUACAACCCUGUCACUCAUCAACUUGCCUCCUGCUCUUCUGGGGAUUUUGGUCUGUGGUCACCAGAGCAAAAGUCUGUAAAUAAACAUAAAGUGAGCAGCAAAAUAACAUGUUGUGGGUGGACAAAUGAUGGUCAGUACCUUGCCCUUGGAAUGAUGAAUGGGGUAGUGAGCAUUCGGAACAAGAAUGGAGAGGAAAAGGUCAAGAUAGAGCGUCCAGGAGGCUCAUCUUCUCCUAUCUGGUCCAUAGCCUGGAACCCUUCGAAGGAUGAGCACAAUGACAUCUUGGCUGUGGCAGACUGGGGUCAGAAGCUGUCCUUUUAUCAGCUUAGUGGAAAGCAGAUUGGAAAAGACAGGACUCUCACCUAUGACCCUUGUUGCGUCAGCUACUUCUCCAAGGGCGAGUAUAUAGUCAUGGGUGGUUCUGACAAACAGGCCUCCCUUUAUACUAAAGAUGGAGUGCGGCUGGGUACCAUUGGAGAGCAGAAUUCCUUGGUGUGGACGUGCGGGGUUAAGCCUGAUUCCAACUUUGUGGUGUUGGGCUGCCAGGAUGGGACCAUCACCUGCUACCAACUUAUCUUCAGUACAGUUCAUGGCCUCUACAAAGACCGCUAUGCGUACAGAGACAGCAUGACUGACGUCAUUGUUCAGCAUCUUAUUACUGAACAAAAAGUGAGGAUUAAGUGUCGAGAACUGGUGAAGAAGAUUGCCAUAUACAGAAACCGUCUUGCCAUCCAGCUGCCUGAGAAGAUCCUGAUCUAUGAGCUCUACUCAGAUGAUUCCUCAGACAUGCACUACCGCAUCAAGGAGAAAAUAUGCAGGAAGUUCGAAUGCAACUUGUUGGUUGUCUGCUCUCAGCAUAUCAUCCUGUGUCAGGAAAAGAGACUUCAGUGUCUGUCCUUUACCAGUGUCAGAGAAAAAGAAUGGGUGAUGGAGUCUCUAAUUCGCUACAUCAAAGUCAUCGGUGGCCCGCCAGGAAGAGAGGGCCUUCUUGUCGGGUUAAAGAACGGUGCUAUUCUGAAGAUAUUCGUUGACAACCCAUUUCCCAUCACGCUGCUCAAGUUGUCAACGUCAGUGCGCUGCCUGGACAUGAGUGCCUCACGCAAUAAGCUGGCUGUGGUGGAUGAACACAACACUCUGCUGGUCUAUGAUAUCAAUAAUAAAGAACUACUUUUUCAGGAGCCUAAUGCUAACAGUGUGGCCUGGAACACCCAAUGUGAGGAUAUGCUGUGCUUCUCAGGCAAUGGUUACCUCAACAUCAAGGCUAGCAACUUUCCUGUGCACCAGCAGAAAAUGCAAGGCUUUAUGGUCGGCUACAAUGGCUCUAAGAUCUUCUGUCUCCAUGUCUAUUCCAUGUCUGCGGUGGAAGUGCCCCAGUCAGCGCCCAUGUACCAGUACCUGGAGAGGAAGAUGUUUAAGGAGGCCUACCAGAUCGCCUGUCUGGGUGUGACAGACAGUGACUGGAGGGAUUUAGCCACAGAAGCCCUGGAGGGACUUGACUUUGAUACUGCCAAAAAGGCCUUCAUCAGAAUAAGGGAUCUGCGCUACCUGGAGCUCAUCAAUAGUAUCGAGGAGAGGAAGAAGCGGGGUGAGAACGACAAUGAGUUGUUCCUGGCAGACGUCUAUGCCUACCAGGGGAAAUUCCAUGAGGCAGCCAAGCUCUACAAACGUACUGGCCAAGAAUCCAGAGCCCUUAGCAUGUACACGGACCUGCGUAUGUUCGAAUACGCAAAGGAAUUUGUUGGAGCGACAGACCCGAAGAGCACUCGAAUCCUGAUGACCAAACAGGCAGACUGGGCAAAAAGUAGUAAAGAGCCCCGAGCAGCAGCAGAGAUGUACCUGUCAGCAGGAGAACAUCUCAAAGCCAUAGACAUUAUAGGCGAGCACGGCUGGGCAGACAUGCUAAUCGACAUAGCUCGCAAGUUGGACAAGGCCGAACGAGAACCACUGGCAAAAUGUGCGUUCUACUUCAAGAAGCUGAAACACCAUGGCUAUGCCUCAGAGACCUUCUCCAAGAUGGGAGACUUACAGGCUCUGGUGCAGCUGCAUGUGGAAACCCGCCACUGGGACGAGGCCUUCUCACUGGUGGAGAAACACCCCCAGUUCAAAAAUGACGUCUAUGUUCCCUAUGCCCAGUGGUUAGCUGAGAAUGACCGCUUCGAGGAGGCACAGAAAUCAUUUCACAAAGCUGGGCAACAGAAAGAAGCUGUGAAAGUCCUGGAGCAACUUACCCACAAUGCAGUGGUGGAGAACAGGUUCAACGAUGCUGGGUAUUAUUACUGGAUGGUGUCUAUGCAGUGUCUGGACAUAGCUCGAGAAUGUGGAGAUCAAACAGUUGAAAUGCUGAAGAAGUUUGACCGUUUUCAACAUCUUGCUGAGCUAUACCAUGUCUACCGCUCCAUUCAGCGUUACACGGAUGAGCCCUUCAGUUCCCACAUGCCAGAAACACUCUUCAACAUCUGCAGGUUUCUCCUGAACAACCUCACCAAGGAAGUACCACCAGGCAUUUCUAAAGUUAACACCUUGUAUGCACUAGCAAAGCAGAGUAGAAAACUGGGGGCGUACAAACUUGCCAGAUAUUCAUAUGAGAAGCUCCAGGAGCUGAGCAUACCAUCACGCUUCCAAGAGUCAAUUGAACUGGGCAGUCUCACAAUUCGUUCCAAGCCCUUCCAUGACAGUGAGGAUCUGAUCGAGGGUAUGAUGUGCUACCGCUGUUCCACCAACAACCCCCUGCUGAACAACCAGGGAAGCGUGUGCAUCAACUGCCGCCAGCCUUUCAUCUACUCUGCGUCGUCAUAUGAAGUGCUGCCGCUGGUGCAGUUCUACCUGGAGGAGGGCAUCAGUGAUGAAGAGGCCGUCUCUCUUAUUGAUCUGGAAGUUCCACAUACAGAUCAGAGGGAGGCACAGUGGCAGAAUAUGGACGACGGUGAUCACCAGACUUUGAGGAUGGAUGACGGUUUUGAUGAGAUAGAGGAAGACCCGUUCACAGCCAAAAUGAGCUUUGAGCAGGGGGGCUCGAACUUUGUCCCCGUCAAGGUGAGUCGCUCAGUGCUACGCUCCAUGAGCAGGAGGGACGUCCUGAUCAAACGCUGGCCCCGGCCGCUCAAAUGGGAAUACUUCCGCUCCCUGCUGCCUGAUGUGAGCAUCACCAUGUGCCCCACCUGCUUCAAGAUGUUCCACAGUGAAGAUUAUGAGCUGCUGGUGCUUCAGCACAACUGUUGUCCUUACUGUCGCAGACCCAUUGAUGAACCAAACUGAUUGAACUAGAGCAGCUAUUUUUAAUAUUUCAGAUUUGUAUCCUCAAAUUUUUGUGCUUUGAACAUUUAUGUCACGGUUGUCUUACUUCUGUUCUCUGACUGUAAUAUAUAUUUUUAUAUGCAUAGACACUGUGGUAUGUGCUCCCUUGCAAGUGUAGCCUUUUGUCCUCCAAGGAUGAAUGAUUGAACUAAUACCUGUAGUGUUUGUCAUUACAGACUGUAUGAAAAGUGCACCAUCAGCCAAUCAAGCCUACUGGAUUAUUGGGAUCAGAUUAUCUAAUGCUUUUACUGGUAACAUCGUCACUUUAAAGGGAUCAUUAGUGCAAAGUGCAUAAAUUGUUAUUAGAAAGUGACAUUUAUUUUGCCCUUUCAGUUAACAUUUCUUAUAUGAGAAUAUAGUUCUUCACAUAGACCUGAUACAUCCCUCAAGUGCAUUCUGCAGAUUUAUACACAGACACUGGACUGUGUGUACAUUUUAAACUGUCAUCUGAUGCUCUUGUCUUGAAAAGGUAUUUUUUUUAUACUUUAACAAGGUUUAAUCAGGUCAAACCGAAAUACUUUUCAAUAAACAAUUUUGCUAUU